CUCUGCGACUCCCAGCCAGUGACUACAAAUAAACGUGACGAGCUGAAAGUAGACUUCUUAAAGAGGUUAAUUCAGUGUAUUCGUGGACAGCCUGGGGAUUCUGGGGGGAUGGCGUGUGUGUCUGAGCCCACCAUGAGCUCCUCCAUGCCGCAGAAGCGUUACUACCGACAGAGAGCUCAUUCAAACCCGAUGGCUCACCACUCCUUCGACUAUCCCGUGUGUCCUGAGGAAAUGAACUGGUCCAAACUCUAUCCAGACUUCAUAACUAGUGAUGUGUGUGAGCUGGAGACCCCUCGAGUGGAGUUUGCAGACAUCGGAUGUGGAUACGGCGGGCUUUUAGUGGAGCUAUCUCCACUCUUCCCAGAUAAACUCAUGCUGGGUUUGGAGAUCCGGGUUAAAGUGUCGGACUACGUUCAAGAUCGGAUCAAGUCACUGCGCUCCUCCGAACCAGGACAAUAUCAGAACAUCGCCUGCCUCCGCAGCAACGCCAUGAAGUACCUCCCCAACUUCUUCUUCAAAGGACAGCUCAGUAAAAUGUUUUUCCUCUUUCCCGACCCUCACUUUAAGAAGACCAAACACAAAUGGAGGAUCAUCAGCCCCACUCUGCUGGCGGAGUACGCCUACACGCUGCGAGUCGGGGGUUUGGUGUAUACCAUGACAGAUGUGGAGGAGGUCCACCUCUGGAUGGUGAAACACUUCACUGAACAUCCUCUGUUCGCACGUGUCCCUGAGCAGGAGCUGGUUGACGACGUCAUCAUCAGCCGCCUGGGGACCUGCACAGAGGAAGGGAAGAAGGUGCAGAGAAACGGAGGGAAGAACUUCCUGGCGGUUUUCCGGAGGAUUGAAGAUUCACAAUGAGGCUGUCAGACAGUCUGGACUCACUGAAACGCUGUUCAGCGAUGAUUUUUGUUUUUUAAUCUCUUUAUUUUAAGCAUUUCUUUUUUUAUUCACAAGACACUUAAAAAAACGGCAAGAUUUCUUCUGUUUUAUUAUCCUGUCUUUAAAAAAAAAAAAAAGGCGCAAAAAUGCAGUUUUGGUUUUAUUACAUCAUUAUUUUAUUGCUCGCUAUGAAUCGGUGUGAAAGACGAAGCUAGAUAUGUGAUGUAAGACCAAACUGAGCUCCAGAGAAAACACCCCGUGGAGUUUCAGUUCGUAAAGUGAAAUAAUGCAGCUACACACACCUUAACACCUGCGUGCAGUUUCUAGUCAUGUUUUUUUGGACUGAGAGAGGAAACGGGAGAACAUGCAUAAGCCUGGAAUCAAACCAGAGACGUUCUUACUGUUAAGCAAGAAUAUUAACGACUAGCUUGCAGUCAUUUUCUGUUUUACAAAAAAAAAAAAAAAACUUCAGAACAUUUUGUAAUAAUUUAUCGAAGCAGGGUGUCAAGAGGAAACCUGUUUCAUUA